AUGAUCGUCCACCCGGCAGCACUGCUGUGCGUCUGCCCGGCUGCAGUGCUGGAUCCGCCCCUGGAGCCUGACCCUGAAGCCAAGAAAACUACGACUCCCAUGAGCCUCCAGCGUCGGGCGCGGCUGACGCUGCGGGGCGUGGCCGCCACCCUGCUGGUUUGGAGACUUCUACGCAGCAGGAAGAGCAGCCGGAGAGCAGUGCUUCUGCUGGGCCUUUGUGACUCAGGGAAGACUCUGCUUUUUGUCCGUUUGUUAACAGGCAAAUACCGAAACACCCAAACCUCCAUAACAGAUAGCUCUGCCAUAUACAAAGUCAGCAAUGACAAGGGCACUAGCAUGACUUUGAUUGACCUCCCAGGCCAUGAGAGUCUGCGGCUUCAGUUCUUGGAGAAGUUCAAGGCCGCAGCCCGAGCGAUUGUGUUUGUCGUGGACAGUGUCAUGUUCCAGCGGGAGGUGAAGGAUGUGGCAGAGUUCCUGUAUCAGGUCCUUGUGGAUGGCAUGGUAUUAAAAAAUGCUCCCCCGCUGCUAAUAGCCUGCAACAAGCAAGACAUCACAAUGGCCAAAUCAGCCAAGCUUAUUCAGUUGCAGCUGGAGAAGGAGCUCAACACCUUGCGAGUGACCCGCUCAGCUGCUCCUACCAGCUUGGAUGGCUCGACCUCUGGCGGCGCUGCUCAGCUGGGCAAAAGGGGCAAGGAGUUUGACUUCUCACAGCUGCCCAUGAAGGUGGAAUUUGUCGAGUGCAGUGCCAGGGGCAGCAAGGGGGAUGAAGGCAGCGCUGACAUCGAGGACUUAGAGAAGUGGCUGGCCAAGAUUGCCUGAGAGCGGGGAGCCUGGGGGAGACGGUAGAGACCAGUGAGGGGGAGGGAGAAACUCAUGGUGAAGGCAUUUGGCAUCUAAGAGGAAAGCACUGCUUUGAAGGAGACACCCUGCAAUAUCAUCGUGCUUCAGAGAUGAUUUCAGACAUGGCUCAUAGGUAAAUGCAGUUACUGUCUCGGGGCUGGGCUCGAGUUGAUUUAAUAACGUACUUGCUGCUGGGAUCUCAGCAGAGCACAGCCCUGCUCUUUCCUUUUCAACCUGCUUCCUCUGGGAUGUUGACCCCAUGGUUUCUUUGAUUCUUGGAAUAGGAUUUUGGUCAGGGCAGGCAGCCUGUAUCAGAGGCAGUUUUCAAAGGGACAGGUGGCUUAUUUUUAGGUAUCAGCAGUCGUCUUGGCCUUGAAUUCCAUGAUUGUUCCCAAUUUUGCUUGGCCUCUUCUCCUCCCUGGUGCCCAUCAAAGUUACCAUCCUCCCUGUGUGUGGCUCUGACUUCUUUUCCCCUCUCUGCCUUCUCACUGCUUCAGGAGUAGCAAGGCUGUGAUUUUUGUGUGGCUGUGGCUAAAAUUCAGUGACUUGCCCAGUUGCACGUGCUCCUGAGAAAUCAACUGCUGAAUGCUAUUGGAAUAUAUAAAAAAGUUGCUUAAACAAAGGCUUGGAGGCUCUUCCUCUCCUCUCCCCUACAACCCCCCCCCAAACCAGUACCCAGCAUCACGUCUUCAAAGGUGCUUCAUCCAUGUCCACUCCCAAAUGGCAGUGGCUGCGCUUUCCGAAGCGUGUGAUAGAGACUACAGGGAUGCUGAGCAUCUGCAAAAUCUGGCCACUUCUGUGUUGGGUCCCAAGGAGUGUGGAGCCCUCGAAAAACCCUGUCCCCUCUAGGCAAGGCAGUUGGUGACUGGGCACUGAGGAGCAUCUGAAUAUGGUUCUAUUCCCGUCUCUUCUGCUGGCUUGCUUGUGCCAGCAGUGUUAAGCAAGCACAUGCAUUCUUGUAGGUGACUUCUCAGCAGCCCUGCAGGUUUACUUGGAUGGGUGACCUCCCUUAAAGAACACCGUAGUAGUUGUCAUUACAAUGGUGGCCUAGGCUGAAGUGUGGAGGGGUGGGGGGCACAGUCUCGUUAGACUGGCAAGGACAAGUCACUUAAUUUGAAUGCAGCCUGAGGUCUGGAUUCCCAUUUCCACAAGCUAUCUGCUCAUGCUUGAGUUUGGAAGGGGGCAGGUGCUGUGAAUCCACUUGUGUUCAGGAGACCAAACCCCACUUCUGAUACUCAAACAUCUGAAAACAGCCUGGCCAGCUAGCUGGGCACUCUCCCCCAACAAGAAUUACUGCUAAGCGUGGGAGACUUAUAAAAAUGUGUAUGAAGAUGCUAUAUACUUGCAAGUUUCUCUUGUAUUUGGUUACCUCAUAUUUUGACUUUAGACCUUAAUCCCACUAGUGGAGAUGUGGAGUCUUAGAGGCUACACCAGUUAUGCCAGAGCAAGAAUAGAGACAUUCCCAGUUAAAAACAUGUCUGGUUAUCAGAUGCACUUAGUAAUUUUCUUGAUAUUGCUUCAUUUGGAAAGUUGGCUGUACAGCUGGUGGGAGUCAGUAGGUGUGUGACUGGCUCACAUGGGCCUUCCCAGAGGCAGGCUAGGCUGGCCUGGGAACCAGUUUCACAAACGAGCAGGGACCUUUUUUAGCAGCAAGUUGCAUGUGCACGUGUUGGGGUGCAAGGCAGCUGCCCUAAUGGGCUGGCUGAGAUCGGACUUCUUGGGGACCUUUCCAAAUGGGUUUCUGUCUGCCCCUGCUCCACAGGGGCUCUGGCUACUGCAUGGUCUGUGCCUGGAGUGGACUUUUAUGGCAGAACUUGGUCAGAGCGAGCCCUUUGAUGCUGGGCUGCCCACAUUGCCUCCCCUUCCCUCACUGGAACCUUUGCUACAAAGAGGAGCCCAGUGAACCAGCACCACUGCUCCUGCUCGUUUGUGCUGUAAGGGGACCAUCUCUGCUGCAUCUGAACAAGAGCAGCUGCUGCUCUUACUUGGAGAAGCAGUGAGUACUCUUGUUCACGAUGGACGAUUCUGGGCUUCCCUUACCAGGUGCCUCUCCCCCCCGCUUACUCUGGCAGAUGGAGCAGGAAGGAUGGCAUAAACCUGUGCUCUCCCAGUGUCGAGGAGCAGGAGCGUGAGAUCUGAAUGUCGCUCCUGGUAUUCCCAGCCUGCUGUUCUCUGGCAGCUUCCCUUCUCCAGGUGUGAUGGCUGAAUUCAUCACCACCCAACAUGCCCUUUAUCAGAGGCUGUGUUCAGCAGCCAAGUAUUCUCUUCACGGUGUGUUCCUCUCCCCGCUGGCUCCUCACGUUCACUGCUUUGUGCUACCUGGUCUGCUACUAAAGUGCUUUCUGCAAAUAGUGCUGAUUCUUCAAGAGAUGUUGAUUUUUCUGGAGCUGGGAUGUGCUUCCCGCACUUGAGCCCCCAGUCUCCUGGCUGCCACGAGUCCUUUCCUCCUGUUUUACCAACAAGAAGCUAGUGCCAAGAAUUCAGUCAUGCGGUGAAUAUUGUGGGGUAGUGGCAGCAGGGAGGGAGGUCUCCAAGAACAGCUCCUCCUGGCUUGGUUGUCUUGUUCAGCCCCGCUUGAAGCAAGUCUGAUCGGGAGUGCACUGGCUGAGAUGGAAAUGCACAGAUGUAAGAGUUGGCUGUUGUGCUUCCCAUGCACAGCCUGCUCCUGCUCAAUUCCUGACUUACAAUUGUAGGGCGGGGAAGUUGAGAUGAUAAAUGCUCUCAGGUCACAAGACCAAAGCUCUUCAUUCAACCGAUUUUUGCAUUAAGAUGUGCUUUUAAAUGUCAAAGUGUGUGCUUUUUCAGCAGCCAUGUGUUGCUGCGUCUGUCUGUCUUCUGUCACAGCUUGAAUUAGCUCACCAGGGCCAUGGCUUGGUUCUCUUUACUUGCAUCUGCCAUGCUGCAGCAAGACAUGAUGUUGUCUUUAUUUGCCAUUUAUUCUAUGGAGGCCUGCCUCUUUGGCCAAAGCAGGCCAAGUUCCAGCCUGUAGGGUGUCAUAAUGCUUGAGCCCAUUUUGGUUUUAAAUUAUUGUUUAUAGAUAUAUUUACUUUAGUAAAGAAGUUUGGCUAAA